GGCGCCUACUUCUGAUGAGAACUCAAACCAGGCCGCUAACAAGCCGCGGCGACUCAAGAGGCCCAGCACCAAGGUCUUCGGCCCAGAAUGGCGUAACUGACUGGCUGUUGUUUGCUACCGCCACACGUCUCUCAUCUUCGUGAUCUAUCUACAUACUCUCUAAUCUCGAUCGAAAAGACAUGAAACUUGCAAUAGGCUAGACAUUUGGCCGGUUCGCCGGAGAAUUGGACGUCGGCAAGCUGCCAUCGUACUUGUUCCUAUUACGAAUUCAUCAAACCAUGAUAUCGUCGUAGUAGAGCAAUCACAUCUGGUAUCAGAUUCAAGUUCUUCCCACACCACCGCCACCACCGCCCUCAUCGCCGCUCAUCCUGGCAGACCUACCAGACUACCUCCAACACCCCCAGUACCAGACCCAUCUCCAGAAGCAGGUCAUGGAGACCGACAAGCAGAUCGCGGAUAUCGCCACGACUCUGGAGGCGAUCAAGAAAUCCCUUGAAAGCCACACGACGUCUUUCGCCAAGCUCACGACAUGGAAGACAGGCGUGGAAGCUCGCGUCCACUCCGUCGACACCAAGAUCUCUGAGGUGGACAUCAAGGUUGGAGGCUUGAACGCAUCAAUCGACGAACUCCAUCACCAGAUCGGCCGUAUCGAGCUUCAGCACCAAGCCAACAACCCCGCCUACAAGGUGUUCGACGUCGAGCACAUUGACCUCACGAACUCCGGUGCUACUCCUCUGGCACAACCCCCGAAUGGGGCGAGUUCAGGGCCUCAUGGCCACAGCGUUGAACUACAAAACCGGAGGUCUGGUUGUGGGGUGGUCACUACCCUCCUUCCACCUCCGGUCAAAGUCGGUGUUCUUGAUCCUACAUUUCCUCUGGCACCGGCUUGGGGGGCAAGCCGUUUCUGAAGAAGAGAGAGAUGUCAGGGCGCCUACUUCUGAUGAGAACUCAAACCAGGCCGCUAACAGGCCGCGGCGACUCAAGAGGCCCAGCACCAAGGUCUUCGGCCCAGAAUGGCGUAACUGACUGGCUGUUGUUUUCUACCGCCACACGUCUCUCGUCUUCGUGAUCUAUCUAUAUACUCUGUAAUCUCGAUCGAAAAGACAUGAAACUUGUAAUAGGCUAGACAUUUGGCCAGUUCGCGAGAAUUGGACGUCGGCAAGCUGUCGUCGUACUUGUUCCUAUUACGAAUUCAUCAAACCGUGAUAUCGUUAAGUUAAUUGGAUUUAUAAUGUAUUCUAGUUCAAGUAGAGAAUCGUAGUAAUAUUCAUUCUAUUUUGGGGUGUA